GGAAUAUCCAGGUCGCAUGGGUUUUUGCGAAGUGAAAUGUAAAUAUUGAGAGCCUGCCCCUGGAAAAGACCAUGAAGCUGAAGGAGCUGGAAGGCUGUCUGCAGCAGGUUGAUGUGUUUGAAAACCCCAAAUUACUCCUGGAGCAGUACCCGACAAGGCCGCACAUUGCAGCCUGCAUGCUGUACACAAUCCAUAAUACUUUCAAUGACAUUGAAGACAAAGUGGUUGCAGAUCUUGGUUGCGGCUGUGGGGUGCUGAGCAUCGGGGCAGCAAUGCUGGGGGCUGGGUUGUGCUUAGGAUUGGACGUAGAUGAAGACGCACUCGACAUAUUUAAAACAAACACAGAGGAGUUUGAGCUGACAAAUAUCGACAUGAUCCAGUUUGAUGUCUGUUCUCUGCCCCCAGACUGCCUGUCCAAAUCUGUCGACACUGUCAUUAUGAAUCCACCUUUUGGAACAAAGCACAAUAAAGGUAUGGAUAUGACUUUCCUCAGGACUGCACUGCAGAUGGCAAGGAAUUCAGUGUAUUCUCUGCAUAAAACAUCAACGCGGGAGCACAUCAAAAAGAAAGCUACUGACUGGAAUGUUAAGAUGGAAAUAAUUGCAGAGCUUCGGUAUGAUUUGCCAGCAUCGUACAAGUUCCACAAGAAGAAGUCUGUUGAUAUCGAAGUGGAUUUCAUUAGAUUUGCUUUCAACUGACCAUCUGGAUCUGGAGUUUAACUUAAAAAAAACCAAAGGCAUUACAGUACAUUACUGAUCCCCAGCUUCAGUUUUGGAUUGUUUCAAUGCAGGACCGUCAUCUGCCUUGUCAUCUAGUGAUCUCUUCUUUGGACUCCCUGGAGCUUCUGUUCCAUUUUUUGGCCCUGCCGAUUCCUCUGACUUUGCAGUCACUUUCGGGGGACUCACUGAUUCUAAAACAUGGAACAGCAAAGAACAUUCAGCAAACAGACAUAAGCAGAUAUGAACAGGAAUUUGACUGCUCCUUUUUACCUUCCAUAUCAUCCUCAUCACUGCUAUCAAAUUUUUUCUUCUUUCCCUGGAAUUGUAUUCUCUUCCUUUGAGAACUGUCAUUUCCUUUGCCGCCUCGUCCUUUUCCUUUGAAUUUCCUUCCAUCUGAAUGGAAGUGGAGAAUU